UGAAAAGAAACAUUGUCAUAUGAAAUUAUGUAAAUUUAUGUUUUACCGCCAGAAAGGAUGUAUCUGCCAACUGCUUCUGCUUUUUGUCUGGCUUGACGUACACAUGUUGAUAUAAUGGCUCAGUCUUCAAACUACAGUCAAAUUCCACUGACUGAGCAUGUUGUAACAGAUAUUUCGCCAACAUACAAUAGUGGUGCAGUGAAUACAUAUCAACCAACAUCAUCAACUUCUGAGCAUGUCGAUUUAUUUGUAUCUGAGAAUCAAAUUGUGAAUAUUUCUUCUCGAAAGAGACACAGUUCAAAACAAAAUCCACCAGAUUAUGUUGGUUGUGCAAUUUAUGCAUGUCUUUUCUGCUGCUUGCCAUUCGGUUUAGUAGCCAUAGUGGCUGCAAACAAAAAAGAAAGUUCAGAAAGAUUUCCAGCAGGUGAUUUAGGAAUCAUCUUUUAUGCAUGUCUUGGCUGUUGCUUGCCAUUUGGUUUAGUAGCCAUGUUGGCUGCCACAAAAGGAUUGAAGGCAACAGCACGCGGUGUUAAUCGUACAGCAAGGAGAUAUAAUUGUACGGCCUGUACUUUGACAACUUUAUCGGUUCUUUGUGUAAUUUCUAUUUUCAUCCUAUAUCUUUGUUCAGAAGAAGUCAAAUACUCAACUCCCAGCAAAAUGCAUAUUGAUUGAUGGUACUUUUUGCAGGGAUUGAAGGCGACAGCACGCGGUGUUAAUCAUACAGCAAGAAGAUAUAAUUGUACGGCCUGCACUUUGACAUUUUCAUCGGUUCUUUGUGUAAUUUCUAUUUUCAUCCUAUAUUUUUAUUCAGAAGAAGUCAAAUACUCAUAUUAAAAUUAUAUUUAGCUCUCUGCUUUCUUAUCCAGA